UCAUACAAAAUACUGAAGUGCACGGGCACAGACACACCGCAGACGCCACGCCGCUCUUGGAACAUUACGCGCGACCGGAACGGACACGGUUCUGUUUUUUUUUGCUUGCUUGCUCGGAAUCGCGCGGGAUUUAGGUGUGCACUUCCGGUUUGAAGCUUGCAGCCUGCUACGGUUCGCGUGCGUUUUAAUUAGCAUUUCCGGAUCAACGCGCGGGGAAAUUUGGAUACAGUGAGUGGUGGGGUAAACGGAGGGGAAGUGAAGGGUCAAGUGUGUGGUGGGGGGUAAUUAUUUGUGCACACAUUGGCACCAGUGGAGGGGGUCAAUAAACCCACACGUACACACGCAUACACGCGCGGGAGAGUGAUAAAUAACUGUGCGUAUUUUGGGUCAAUAAAUAUUUAUUUCUACCGUAAAUAAAGCCAAAAAAAAGUGAUUGUGGUUGAAGAGUGCGAGACUACCGCGGAGGUGCUGGUUUAUUACGGCGGUAGCGAAGCAGCGGCAGCAAGGCAAGGCCGUCUUGGAUUUCUACACGGUUCCUCGCGCGAGGAGGAAGUUUUGGACGAACCAUGGUUGGCCAAUCGUCUUGACACAUGGAGAAGAACCUGGUCAACAACAACAGCACUAACCACAGCUACAGGAUUAAGUAACGUGAAGAUGGAAAGUGGUUCCGGAAGAUGAAGAUUUUGGAUAACGAGAGUGAAAUUUAGUGGAUUAAAAUUGUUUGAAACAAGAAAAACAAGUGAGAAUUUCAAUUUGUAGUGUGUGAGAGAAAGAUAGAGGUAGCAAGAUGUCGAUUCCGGUGGCACAGGUGAAACAGGAACGGCACGAUGAGGCCGAGAUCAAUGAGCUGGCGGCCAAGAUGAUGGAGGCGCACAAGCAGCAGACGGCCAAGGCCGCGCUCCAGCAGCAGCAGCAGGUGGCCCGGCCUGGCGUCGGGGGUCAGCAGCUGGCGUCGGGAGUAGCGGCGGCCGCCAACGGUCCGGCCGGUCAAACCAACAUCCUAAACUACCUUACCCGCAAGCCCGGCCAGACGGCGGUUCCGGCGGCGAUCGGGGCGACCACGAUCGCACCGGUCACGGCCAACGGUGCCAAGACCGGUGGCGAUGACACGGCGGCCAACGGCGAAAAGAAGGCCUGCGACGAGGAAAGCCAGAAAGGCCACUUUGGCUGGGAAACGUUCCCAGGCAAAAUUCACAUUCCGUACAUCUUCCGGCAGUCGGAACGGUACUGUGCCGUUCGGAUGGUCGAGAUGAAGCUGCUCAACAAGUAUCUAAACUACCUGCAUCAGGACAUCUACAGCUGCACCUGCGUCCGGUCGUACUACAUCACCGAGGCCGAGAGCAAACUGUUCAACGAGAUCAACACGAAGCACUGCGACUUCCAGUUUGGCCGCGAAAUGUUCACGCUCAAGGACCUGGUCGUGCGGCUUUCGGACGCGUACAAGUUCUACCAGUUCCUGGACGUUUGCUACAAGAAGCUCCUGAUGGGCUGCAGCACGCCCAACGACAAGUGUGGCUUCAUCCGCAUCAACAAAGAGUCCGUAGUUCCUUACACCGUCCGGGACAACCAGAAGAUGGUGCCGCUGUUCUACUUCGAGGGAGAGACUGAUAAUCUUAAGCUCAAAGCCGACUACCUUUCCGGCUGGGACCUGUCCUAUCUCAAGUUCUGCUGCAAGGUCCAAGGCAUCCGCAACGAACUGUUCGCCAGCGAUUCCGUGGCCGUCAUCAGCCUCACCGACAUCAAGGGUUACUUCCCGCCGGGCACCGAGUUCGAAGACUACUGGCCCAGCAAGGUCGUAGACUCGCAGCUCCUGUCCGGGCCCAAGUCCAACAACACCGUCCACUGGACGCGCCAGCCGGCCCAACCCCCGCCCAAGCAGCCCACCAACAUGAUGAACACGAUGGCCGCCAAGCAGCAGGCCGCCGUGCGGAAGCCCGCCAACAACAUGUACCAGGCGCUGCAGCAGCAGCAACAGCAGAACCUCCAGAAAAACAACGCUCAAAUGCCAAACAUCUCCGCGGCGGUUCAGGCCCUCACCAACAACUGGAACCUGUCGAACCACGCGAAUCUGCUGUCGGCGGCGCAACAGGAGCAAUUGUUGCGGCUAACGCAGGCACAGCAGGCCGCCCAAGCCCAGGCCCAAAUUCGGAGCAUGCAAAACAUGCACACGAUGCAGUACAACACGUACAUGAACCCGACUAUGUCGAUGUCGUCGCGGUCCUCCCAGAAUCAGGCUGUGCCGCCACCGCUCGUCCGAUCCUCGCAGUCCCAGGCCGCUCAUAUGUCAAGUGGUUCAUCGUCAGUACGCUCCAACAGCAGUAGUAGUACAAACGCCACUACUCAGAUUCCCUACCACCUCAAUCCCGAACUGUCCAUAUUUGCCACCUCCCGCAGCCCCAAUGGCACCGUCAACAUGUCGCACCUUAACCAGCUGCAACUCAGCCAACUGGCGGCCAAGAACAAUGGCCAACAGGCCAACAUUACGAUUACGCCGGCCGCG